AUCAAGCAUCUAGGCAUGCAGACUGCUUCUACAAACAUUUGUGAAAGAAUGGGUCGCUCUCAGGAGCUCAUUGAAUUCAUGUGUAGUACCGUGAUAGGUUGCCACCUGUGCAGAAACUCUAUCUGUGAAAUUUUCUUGCUACUAAAUAUUCCACGGUCAACUGUUAGUGGUAAUUAUAACAAAGUGGAAGCAACUGGGAACAACAGCAACUCAGUCAUUUAGUGGUAGGCCACAUAAAAUGACAGAGUGGGGUCAGCGCACGCUGAAGCGCACAGUGCGUAGAAGUCGCCAACUGUCUGUAGAGUCAAUAGUAAAAGGCCUCCAAACUUUGUGCGGCCUUCAGAUUAGCACAACAACAGUGCGUAGAGAGCUUCAUGGAAUGGGUUUCCAUAGCCGACUAGGUGCAUCCAAGCCAUACAUCACCAAGUACAAUUCAAAGCGUUGGAUGCAGUGGUGUAAAGCACGCCGCCACUGUACGUGAGAACGGUACUUGCCUGACUGCAUUUUGCCAAGUGUAAAGUUU